AAGGAGACAACCAUGAAUGAGCCACUGGAUGGUUUAGCAAACGCUUCUGAUUUCCCCGAUUAUGCAGCUGCUUUUGGAAAUUGCACUGAUGAAAAAAUCUCCCUCAAGAUGCACUACCUCCCUGUUAUCUAUGGCAUCAUCUUUCUCGUGGGCUUCCCGGGGAACGCAGUAGCCAUCUCCACUUACAUUUUCAAGAUGCGGCCCUGGAGAAGCAGCACCAUCAUCAUGCUGAACCUGGCCUGCACCGACCUGCUGUACCUAACCAGCCUCCCUUUCCUCAUCCACUACUACGCCAGCGGGGAAAACUGGAUCUUUGGGGAGUUCAUGUGCAAGUUCAUCCGCUUCGGCUUCCAUUUCAACCUGUACAGCAGCAUCCUCUUGCUCACCUGUUUCAGCAUCUUCCGCUACAUCGUGAUCAUCCACCCAAUGAGCUGCUUUUCCAUCCACAAGACUCGGUGGACGGUGGUAGCCUGUGCGGUGGUGUGGAUCAUUUCGCUGGUGGCGGUCAUGCCCAUGACCUUCCUGAUUACAUCAACUAACAUGACCAAUCGAUCCACCUGUCUUGACCUCACCAGUUCAGAUGACCUCACCACUAUCAAAUGGUACAAUCUCAUUUUGACUGCCACCACCUUCUGCCUCCCCUUGGUGAUCGUGACACUUUGCUAUACGACAAUUAUCAACACCCUAACUCACGGACCUCAGACUCAGAGCUGCCUUAAACAGAAAGCUCGCAGGCUGACCAUACUGCUCCUGCUCGUAUUUUAUAUAUGUUUUUUACCAUUCCAUGUCUUGAGGGUCAUUCGGAUUGAAUCUCGCCUGCUUUCCAUCAGCUGCUCCAUCGAGAAUCAGAUCCAUGAAGCUUAUAUUGUUUCUAGACCCUUGGCUGCUCUGAACACAUUUGGUAACCUGUUACUCUACGUGGUGGUCAGCAACAACUUCCAGCAGGCCAUCUGCUCAAUAGUGAGGUGCAAAGAAAGCGGGGACCUUGAGCAAGCAAAGAAAGUCAGUUGUUCAAAUAACCCUUGAGAUACUUCAUAAACUCAACCAAAAAUAAAAUCCUAUUGAUAAUUUACUUACACUUCUGAGAAGUCCAGAAUAUCCCCUUCAAUGAACUCCCAGCUGAUACUGUGCAUUCAGGUAAUUAUGGCUAAAGUCAAGGGCUGGGCACUAGAAUUUUCUACAAUCUGCUUGUUGGGAUCUUCCUGUAGGUAGAAAUAAGAGAUGUAUGCUCACCAGUAAAGCAAUCAAGCAGAAUUAUAGAUGACUGGACUGAGGGGCAUCUCAGGGAAUCUCUCAUUCUAUCAGCUUGUUAGAUAUAUGUGGAAACUGAAGUUCAUGUGAGUUUCCUGGAUCUUAAAUUAGUGCCAAGUUAGAAAAACAAAACAAACAAUCUCUUUGCUCCAAGUUUCAUGUCCUUCAAACUUUGCUUUGAGAUCAUUGAACUGGGUCUGUUCACUGGGUUUGGUCAGUUGUAUAAAUUGAAGCAAGCCAACAAGAUUCAUUAUACAAGAUGUCAAUGCAAAUAGUACCUGCAAGAUAUGGAGGGUGCUAUAUCUUUAUUGUUGUAGAGCAUCUUAAAAGUUGUUAACUG